AUGCUGCGAGGACGCCGAGUCUGGACUGCUAUGCCCGAAGCAACCGCAAGAAAUGCAGAGGGCCCGGACGACAUCGAGAAUGCAAAUCCUGGCGACAAGCGUCCAUCUUCCUCUUCCAAGAAGCAGGACGCGGCGCAGCGUGCAAAACGAGUGCGAGUAUCAAGGGCCUGCGACCAAUGCCGUGCCGGUCGAGAGAAGUGCGAUGGAGGCCAGCCAUUGUGUCAGACUUGUGAGGUCCAACGGCGAUCCUGCACCUACCAUGAGCAGCCAAAGAAGCGUGGCAUUCAGCCAAAUUAUAUCCGGACGUUGGAGCUGACCUUGGCAUGGCUGUUCGAGAAGUACCCGGAAUAUGUCCUCCUCCAGACGCAGCUUUCGCGACUGUUACCUAGAUCUGAUGAAUCUGCUCACCGGCUGAUUGCCUGGAAAGAGCCCACAUCGUCCGAGAACUUGCACACAAAUUGGAGAAACGGCAUCAUCUUCAAACAAAUCGAUCAGUUGCUAUCUGGUGCUGAGAUCGAUGUGCCAAAGACUCCUUCGCCGAAUGCCCAACAGAGCGCCGCUUCACAAGCUGCUGGUGUAUACCAGUCGCCCCCGCUAUCGGCACCGUCUGAGUUGGAGCCAUUGCACCACGAUCGAGUGAAUGAAGAAGCGACCCCUGGACUUGCCGGGAAUUUGGCGCCGAAAGGUGACGCUGGCAAUGAAAUGUUGAAACUUCCCGAGAACUCCUGGGCUCUUCUGGAACACUACUUGGCAUUCACCCAAACCUGGCUGCCCAUAAUCGAGAGACAUGAUGUUCUCAAGCUAAUGUAUGCAUACCCUGCAAGCGGUCUAGCAAAAGAAAAUGCUACGGGCUCCGGUCAUGCCGAACUAUGGAGUAUCAUGGCUUUUGCAUCGCUGCAAUUGGGCGGAGCGAGUUCCCUUGUUGCCUUUGAGUACUGUCGAGAUGUUGCCAAGUCGCUCAUUCCGCAGGAACAAGGCUUUCAGCUUGGACAUAUCAAGGCCCUACUCAUCCUUGGACUUUCCGAGCUUGUCAGAAACGCCUGGCUUGCUGCGUGGUUGGUUAUCGGGUCGGCAGUGCGGCUGUUGACGCACUUCAAUCUUGGAAGAGGCACGAGUACAACGCUUUUCGAAGGUCGGACAAAGCACACGAUUCUGGCUGCCUUCCUCCUCGAAAGCGCCGCAGCUUCUCGAACUUCCGCGAUCUGUCACAUUAGACCAGAAGACAUCAGGACUGUCGGAUUACUGAUUGAAGAUGGCCUUGAGGAAUGGUCACCGUGGCAGGAUCCAGCCAUAGGCCCUAGCUCCGCUGCAACCAAGUCUCCUGCGAGAUCUAUCAGCACAUUCAACACUCUCAUUCGGAUGGCGUUGCAGCGCCGAGUCAACUUGCACAUGGCCAGCCCCGCCGCGCAUGAUUCGAAUCUGCAGGUAGAUGCCGUCUUCUCGCUCCUUCACAACGCUUCACUCAAGACUUCCCGGCAGCAUCCUGGAAUGCUGGUUGCAAACACGCCUCAAAGCCCAACUUCACGCCGUCCCAGCGACUUUGCAAACCCCGGCACGAUGCAAACACGAAGCCAUUCCAACCAAUUCGACUUCACCAGUCCUUUCCAGGACCAACAACACGGAUAUCUGAGCAUUCCAAACGAAAGACCGGAACCAGUAGUCGGCAGUACUCCAGCAGAUCACAUGUCAACAGAUCUCGCAUCAGGACUGUGGCACAGUGAGGGCUCCAUUGAGCUACCCCAACCGACUUCAGAAAGCGUGACGAACGACGCGGUGCCUGGUGGCGACAUUUUCGAAGAGCUUGCCAUGCUGGAUCGAUCUGAUUCCACGCAAAACCCGAAAUUCAUGCAGAAUUUGGGCUUUGGCCCGGAUUUGGACCUCGCAGAGUUCUUUGGUGCUGAUUAUCAAUUCACGGAUCCUUCGGCGUUUGCGCAGCAGGAAAAUGGCUGA